AUUCAAGAAAAACAAGCAAAAAGAGUUUCUGGUCGUGCUUCAACGUUAGCGAACAAUGCAAAAUCAAAUAUGUUUUCCACUGCAUACAGAAAAAUAAACAAACACAAGAAGCAUAAAGUAUGCAGAAAAUUAAACACAAAAGGAGCCAUUAAGUGUUGCGUGUGAAAGAAAUUAACGUUUUUGUGCAGCUCGUCGUCGUCGUCAUACAACCUUUCUGUUUCAAUAGCACGUACAAUGGAUAUUUGUUGAAACUUUGUUGCAUUUAUAAACUGGUGUUUAAGAACAACAACAACAACAAGAAGAAAAACAACAGCGACAACCCUCGGAGGCACACGCAAAGCAAAAGAAAGAAAGGAAAAACAAAAAAUUAAUAUAUACAUUUAUAUAGCAUCAAAUUUACAUUAAGCGCCAAGUCGAGGAGGGGACAAAGAAGAAGUAAUUUUUAUUGUAGGACAAACGCACCAGUAAAGUUAAUCAAUCAACUACACGUUCCUUAAAACAAAUGUUUUCCAAACCGCAAACCAACUAAACGAAAUAUGCUUUUGAAUUAGUUUAAGCACAAAACCAGAACAAGCAAAGCCAUAAAAAGCGCAAAAAACCAUUUUAAUUUAACACCAACAAAAGCCUGUGGAGACGAUAUAUGCAAAUAUAUGUCGAGAUAUAUAUCACACCAUAUAUACAUAUUUAUAUAGGAACCACCAC